GUAGUUCUUCAUUCUUGUAUUCUUCACCCUCCAUCGGCGGCGCAUCGUCCACGCACCAAGCAUGAACCCAGGGAUGAACCUCAAUCAGAUGGGAGGGAUGGGCAUCAACAUGAACGGUAUGAACAUGGGAGGAAUGAACCCAGGGAUGUCCCAUCAUCCAGGCAUGUCUGGGAUGAUGUCAAACCAGCCGGGGAUGCCGCAACACCAGCAACAUGGCAUGUCUGGCAUGAAUCCGAACGCAAUGAUGGGUAUGGGCAUGGGAAUGCCCCAGGGAAACAACCAACCUGGCGGCAACAUGGGCGGCGGCGGCGGCGGCAUGGGUGGACACAACCCCAUGCAACACAUGUCCCACCAGCAGCAGCACCACAGUGGCGGCGGCGGCCAACACCACAUGAUGAACUCGAUGAACUCGAUGCAGCACGGCGGUUCCAUGAACCAUCCCAUGAACUCGAUGGGCAACAUGAACAAUGGCGGCAUGCUUGGCAACAUGCAUCCGUCGUCGUCCAACGCCGCCACGAUGGGCUACACGAACACGAACCUCUCGUACGGGAACAACCAACCCAUAACGUCGACUCUUCCCGGCCAAAGUGUCGCGCACAUCGAAUGGCGCGCCCAGUUCAACCGCGACCAGCGCGCCAGUCUCAUUGCCAAAGUCUACCACGAAAUGGUCCGUGUGUCCACCGAGCCGCCCGGCAUCGCGCUCUGGAUCAACGUUGCAUGGUUCGAGUUGACGUUGUUCAAAGAAUGUCAGACUCGGGAGGACUACAUCAACCAGAUCAUCAAGCGACUCCAGCAUUUGAAAACCCAAGGCGGGGAUAUACCCCCCGGACCAGGAGGCCGCCAUCCCGGCAGCGGCAUGCCAUCGCAUCCCCAGCAGCCGCCGCACAACCCGUCCGCCGCGGCGCCGUACAGCAUGAAUUACAAUCCAAACAACUCGCUGGCCAUCAACACGGGCAUGUUGGCUCCGUCGUCGGGGCAUCUGAAUGGCGGCGGCGGCGGCGGGUUUCCCCCCCAAUCAUCCUCGUCGAAUGUCACGCCCAAGCAGGCCAAAGGCAACAAACCGCCGCCUUCGAACGGCCCGCCGCCCAAGAACCUGAGCCGGACGCAGUCGGCCACCGCCAUGACCCUCCCGCCGCCCCCCCCAUCCGCCGCCCAGCCGUCCCCCCCUACCACCAAUAACCACCUCCACCUCCACCAACAGCAGCAGCAUCAGCAGCAGCAUUCACCUGAAACCAUGGUCAAUACACUUGCCGGCAAUAACCCUGCAGAGUACUGGCGUCAACACGCGAUGCUCAAGGCCAAAUAUUUAACCGAUGUGAGUACCGUGCACAGCGCGUUUAAAAAGUAUGUGGACCAUAUGAAGCAAGACCACGAAAGCGAUCAGAAGCAAAAGCUGUCGUACUUGUUGGCGUAUGUCCAGCUAUGCGCGAACGUACUGGACGAAGAUGCAUCGACCCACCCAGCACGGACGCUGGACGAGCUUGAAAAAGUCAACAAGUACGUCGUGCGCAUCGUGUUGCCGUACUUGAAGAAGCUCAAGACGGAAAAAGAUCGGCGAACGUCGGGGGGGAGCAAUACCCCCCAAAGUGGGGGGGGGUUAUCCCUGCACAAUCCAUCGAAUCCUGGCAACAAUACGAGCAAUAUGGGGGCAUUUGAAGCGAUGAUGGGGAUGCGGUCAAAUGGAAGCCACCCCCAUCAGCAACAGCAGCAGCAGCAUCACCAGCAGCACCAGCAGCAUCACCAACAGCAGCAGCAUCACCAGCAGCAAAACCAUUUCCAAAGUAUGAUGCAAGCGUCGGUACCCAAGCAGCAGCAGCAGCAGCAUCCCCCCCCCACCCUUGCAUCUUCGUCCCAAGGGAACCUGUUACUGGACGAGUACAACAUGGGCGGUAGUGGCGGCGGGGGGGGGUCGUUGGCGGCGGCGGCGCCACCGUCAAACAUGAGUCAAUAUUACCCCCAAGCCAACAUGGGGUACGGGUACGGCGGCGGCGGCACGUCGUCGUCAAACGAUGACAUGAUGGCGGGGCUGCAAGGCGGAUCCACGGACAUGAACUUCCUCGACAUGGACGGCACUUCGUUUGGGAUGGGCGACGCUCAAGGCGGCGGCGGCGGCGGCGGGUCGUCUGGUGAAGAUGGCGACGGCGGCGAUCUCAUGAACAUUGUCGAAGCACUGUAGACCAACAUGAUCCAGUUGAAUCAUCGUGAAUGUGCUGCCAUGUGUAGAAUUAAUAGUAGAACGUACGACAACUAUUAUACGACGAUGAGUACUAGAACAUA